GCCAGACCAGUGAAGUGGGUGAGUACAGUGGUCUGAAAAAUAAGCACGCUCACACUCCGCGGAUCAUUUGGAGUCUCCGGCAGUUUCGUUUGGAAAAGUUUUAAGUGAUCAACCCGAAACGAGCCAGCUGGACUGUGGAUACACUUCCAAGAUACUGUUGAGAUGAUUAAACACAUCCUUAUACUCCUGCUCUGUCUUGUGUGUCCGUGUUCACCCCGUCCUCAGCCAGCACCUCCAGAGAUGGCAGUGAAGAUGGAGGAGAAAUUGGCUGUAGCUGGCUCUCUAGCAGACACAGUGGUGCUACCGUGUUACUUCUCCAUAACGCAAGCUUAUCCCAGCAGCUCCGCACAAGCUCUGACGCACACCCCUACACCUGCGCAAACUCACAGCCAGAGCUCUGAUGACUACGGCAGGAUCAAGUGGACGAAGCUAGACGGGCAGGAGGAGAAAGUGGUGCUGGUGGCCCAGGGACUGGGAGUAAAGUUGGGGCAUAGCUUUGAGAGCAGGGUGUCAGUGCUCAGCUACCCGCAGUGGCUUGGAGAUGCUUCUCUGGUGAUAGGGAAGCUCAGGGCCAGCGAUGCUGGGUUAUACCGCUGCGAGGUGAUGCAUGGGCUAGAGUCCACUCAGGUCACAGUCAUCCUCACUGUCAGAGGUGUGGUGUUCCACUACAGAGCUAGCAGCAGCCGCUACAGUCUGAACUAUUCUGAGGCCGUGGAAGCGUGCCACUCUGUAGACGCGUCCAUCGCUACACCUGAGCAGCUGACAGCUGCUUAUGAAGAUGGCCUCGACCAGUGUGAUGCGGGCUGGCUUGCAGACCAGUCAGUUAGAUAUCCACUCACAGUGACCCGUCCAGGCUGCGAAGGUAAUCUAAAGAAUCGGCCAGGUGUGAGAACCUACGGCAUCCGUGACCCCAUGGAGAAAUACGAUGUGUACUGUUACGUAGACAAACUACACGGCGAGGUAUUCUAUCCUACUUCCAUCAGCAGUAAGCUCACCUGGCAGCAAGCAAGGGAAGAGUGCGAGAAGCAUGAUGCCGUGCUGGCAUCGCCCGGUCAUCUGUUUGCAGCCUGGAGGGCGGGGCUAAACCGCUGCGACUUUGGCUGGCUAUCUGACGGCAGUGUCCGUUACCCCAUCACCAUCCCCAGGCCUCAGUGUGGAGGAGGCCAGUUGGGGGUCCGCACACUUUACAAGUAUGAAAACCAGACUGGUUACCCAGACCCCACUGACAGGCACGGGGCUUUCUGCUUCAAGGAUCUCCUGCCAUGCUCAACCAAUGUGUGUCAGAACGGAGGCUCGUGCUACAAGAAGGGACCACAAAAUGUCUGCAUCUGUGCACCUGGAUACACCGGGUGGCACUGUGAAACAGAUAUUGAUGAGUGCCAGUCUAACCCGUGUCUGAAUGGAGCCACUUGCCUGGAUGGGAUCAACUCCUUCACCUGUCUCUGCCUCCCGAGCUACAAAGGAGAGUUCUGUGAACAAGACAUUGAGAUGUGUGGUUUUGGUUGGAAGAAGUUUCAAUCUUACUGCUACAGGCACUUUACUCACCGUCGGACCUGGGACGCUGCAGAGAGGGAAUGUCGGAUACACGGAGCCCACCUGACCAGCAUCCUGUCGCAUGAGGAGCAAAUUUUUGUCAAUAAUCUAGGAAGUGACUACCAGUGGAUUGGCCUGAAUGACAAGAUGUUUGAGAGAGACUUCAGAUGGACUGAUGGCAGACCAAUGCAAUAUGACCAUUGGAGGCCAAACCAGCCGGACAGCUUCUUCCAGUCAGGAGAGGACUGUGUGGUGAUGAUCUGGCAUGAGGGAGGACAGUGGAAUGACGUGCCCUGCAACUAUCACCUGACAUUUACCUGCAAAAAGGGAACAGUAUCAUGCAGUCAGCCUCCUGUGGUGAAGGAUGCCCGAGUUUUUGGGGCCACAAAAUUGCGCUAUGAGAUCAACACCCUGCUCCGUUAUCAGUGUAAGCAGGGCUUCAUUCAGAGUCACACCCCAACUAUACGCUGCCAGGCCAACGGCCAGUGGGACUCACCUAAAGUCACCUGCACAAGCCCUGCAACCUACCACAAGACAUUUGUUCUUCAACGCCGCCACAUCCAGAACAAGCAUCAACACAGGCACUAUCAACACCACACCAAGAGUCAGGAGGAACACAGACAAAACCAAGGGCAACAGCAGAUUUCCAACAUCCUGCAGAGCAACUGGAUCGCCAUUCAGAGUCAUCGACAGCUGAGAAAGGAGAGGCAGCUGCAGGGCCGCACUCGCAGCCAGGAUCAGAUGAAACACUCAGUGGGUUUGUAGUUGUGGACAUCAGAUUUUUGGUGAUGACUAAUUGCAGCAGGCUAUCUACAGUCUGUCUAGAGGCAUUGAUAGAGAGUGAUGUUCCACUGAACUGUCUAUCAGUGUCUCUUGAGGGGACAUUUUUACAAUUACAUUCCAGGAUCA